AUGCCGCCAAUCACCCACGAAAUUGCGCCCAAGGGCGACACCAUCCUCGUUGUCAAUAACCCCAAUGCGCCUUUUGCACCAUGGCCAACGACUUCAGACAGAACCUCUGAAGAAUUUGGCGAGCCGAAGUGUAACCUGGAAGUGCGUAUUCGUGUCUCCUCCGCACACCUCAAGCUCGCCUCUCCCUACUUCGACAGGGCGCUGUCCGGAGACUGGAAAGAAGCGACAGUGUUACGGGAGACAGGGUCCGCUGAGGUUGAAACGAGUGAUUGGGGCGUCGAGGCACUGCUGCUGCUCUUACGGAUCUUUCAUUGCCAGUUAUCAGAUCUACCCAAGACAAUUACCCUGGAGUUGCUGGCUAAUCUUUGCACUUUGAUCGACUACUAUGAAUGUCACAGUAUCCUUGGCUUUGUUUCAGAGAGAUGGUAUCAGUCUCAGUACAUGGUGACCUCUUUGGGAAACACCAGUUUAGUCCCUUUGAUGUCGAACGGAACCUCUGAGGUAACCUUGAUUCAGAUUGAGAGGCUUAUCGAUCAACGGCAGAUGAUGCUUUUUCUCUGGGUUACGUGGGUAUUCAAUAAACCCAACGCUUUCCUCGCUUGUUCUUCCUUCUUGAUCUCAACCAUCGAUGGGCCUCUAACGUCCUUGGGCCUCCCGCUGCCGAGCACAAUUACUGACCAAAUAAACGAGCGCCGCGAAAAACUUGUGGGAGACGCUAUUCAUGCCAUCAGGUCGCAGGAAAGUAUUUGGGACCGCGAUGGUACAUCGUGCGGGAAGAUCUGCGACUUUGUGUGCCUCGGGACUCUCAGGGAUUUUAUUGCAGCGAAGGGACUAUCCCCAGCAUACGCCCCUUUCGAGUCAUUUUCGUUGCACGACCUGCAAAAGUCUGUGCGCAGUCUCAAGGUCCCCAAGUGGCGGGAGUGGACUGAGGAACGCCCAACAACCCAGAGGCCACAUGCUUGCACGAAUACUACCUUCACUGAGUUGUCGGCCAAGCUCUUUUCCAUGCCUGCUAAAGGUCUUAUACUGGAGGAUUUUAAGCCUCGCCCCAACGGGACCGAGCCUGGUAUCACCCUCAAUUGA